AUGGGUUGUGGAGAUGGAGGUGGAGGUGUUCUUGAGAUUCUGUGUGGUGAUGGUGAUGGUGCUGGUGGUGAUGUUGAUGGUGAUGGUGAUGGUGAUGGUGAUGAUGAUGAUGGUGUGACGGUGAUGGUUGUGACGGUAGUGAUAAUGAUGCUGAUAGUGAUGGUGAUGCUGGUGAUGGUGAUGAUGAAGGACCAAAAACCAUCAGAUGGUGAUGGUGAUAGUCAUGGUGAUAAUGGUGAUGGUGCUGGUGGUGAUGUUAAUGGUGAUGGUGAUGGUGAUGGUGAUGAUGAUGAUGGUGUGACGGUGAUGGUUGUGAUGGUAGUGAUGAUGAUGCUUAUAGUGAUCGUGAUGCUGGUGAUGGUGAUGAUGAAGGUUGUAUAUGGGGUUUAG